AUGGAAGGCGUCGAGCUGCCCCUGAGGCGCCACACCUGCCCCGCAGCUUCUCAGGAGACGUCGCCCGAGUCGCCGCUGCCACGUCGCCGCGCCACGUUGGCAGCAGUGGCGCAGCAGCUGGGGGAGAUGGAGGACGGGGCAGUUGGGGCUGAGAAGUUGGUACAUGGGUGGUCCAGGGCGCAGGUGGUGCUCCUGGUGUAUACUCUGGCGCGGGUCGUGGCUAAUGUGUACGUGGUUCCUGCCCAGGUAGAGCAGCGUCGAUUCCAGCGUCGAAGCCCAGGUGCCGAUGAGAUGAUCGUUCGAACUUUCGAUGCGGUUGCGAGACCCUUGAUUACGGGGCUUGGAGUCUACUGCUUCCUCUGCAACAAGAGCCGCUUUUCGGAGAAGUUGCGGCUGCAUGUUUGGAGCAGGAGGACGAUAUUCUGCCUUGCUUGCUGCGCUACUGACCAAAGCGCGAUGCAUUACUUUCUCUAUGGACGUUAUGCUGAUAUUGCACGGAUGAGUUGUUACAUUUGGCAGACUGUCUGCAAUGCCUUGCAGGUUUACAUGACAAUCUUCAAGCUUAAAGCUUUGGGUUGGGGCUUAACAGCCAGGAGCUGCCAGGUUCUUCUGGUCAUCUCUUUUAGUUGUUUGGCUCCUCCGUGUUUUCAUACGAUGAUCUUUCACACUCGGUCGCUGCCUGUUUUACCCGUUGUGGCCUCUGUAUUCACUUUCGUCUUGAUUUUGCUUGCGCAGAGCUUGGCGCUGUGCUCCGCAGCCACCCGUGCUUUGCUCCGUGGUGGGAGUGAUGAAGCCAUUCGAUGCUCGGCGUAUUGCUUGUUCCUGAACGGAGUACUCGCAAUUGUGGGGCCUACUCUCAGCUUGUGGUCAUGGAUGGCCAUGGUUCACGAUGAUGGUUUUUUUUUGGCUGUGUGGGUGGUGUCGAUUGAUGUCGGCCUCCAAGUGCUUGCCACCCUUUUGCUGAGCGGCAUGAUUGGCCCGAAAGGCUGGGAUCGGCCAAUGGAAGCCUUCCGCAGGCUGGGCCACCUCUCGGGCUUCGGCUUGGCAGCAAGUCGGAUCAACUUUCCGGGCAAGAUCAACGCAAGAGCCACGCAAUGCAUUGUGUCUUUUCCGGGAAUGUACAGCACCCAGUGGGACAAUGCCGUGGCCAACGUUCAGCAGUUUGAGGAUUGCUCUUUGGCCUGCGUGUUCUUCACCGACAAAGCUUCAGGCCUGGGGCAACACUCUGACAACCCCGACACGCCAGGGCAAUGCUGGUGUCGGAUGAUUUACCCAGAGCUGCCGGCAGAGACGUAUCUCAGCGUGGUGGACUUGAAGGGUGACUCUGAUGGAGUUCUGACCAAAGAGAAGCUGGCCUUCAAAAAGGCGGAUGCCGACGCCAUGGGGCAGGUCCUGGUGAUCAAGGACGACCAGCCGCAGAUGGAAUGGGAGGUCGAGUUUUCGCUUGCACUGAACGAUGCAGAGGUCCGGUGCAAGGAAAACCGAGGGCGAGCCCCCUGGGGAUGUCAGUGGUUCGAGAAGUGGAGGAUGAAAGUGGAUGAAGCUGUCAGAGCAGGGCAGACGCUGCACGUGUUUUACUUUGCAGGCAAGAAGGGUCGCGGCAAGCUGCCGUGGGAGAAGCUGUGCAGCGCAAAGGACAGGGCCACAGCCCGGGAGGACACCGGACUGGGUGCCUCGCAGACGGCUGAAGUGGCCUACUUGGAAAAGAAUGGAAUCAAAUAUGAAGAGCACGAUAUCAGUGAGUUCGAUGACUUCCUGCUGAUGGCACAUGGAGCACGCGGAGAAGACGCCUAA